CCCCUUUCCCGGCUGGCGGCUGCUGCUGCUGGUGUGGCCGCAGCUGCCCCCGCCGCCUCGGGGCCGCGAGCCGAGCGGAGGCCGCCGCGGAGCACGAACGCCGCCCGCCCCGCCGCCUCGCCGUCCCGCGGGCCGUUCUAGGACCGGGCCGGCUCGGCCGGCGCCCCCCGCGCCCCCAGUCCGCCCGCCCCCGCGGGCCCGGCCUGGCGCUGCCGCCCUCCGCCGCGCUCCUCCGCCGCCUCCUCCAGCGCCCUGCGGCCCGCCGUCUCCUCCGCCCGCCGCCCCGCGCCCCCAGCCGCGCCGCCGCCGCCCUCUGCACCCCGCGGCGCCCCCCGGUCCCACCCGCCAUGCCCGGCCCGGCCGCGGGCAGCAGGGCCCGGGUCUACGCCGAGGUGAACAGCCUGCGGAGCCGCGAGUACUGGGACUACGAGGCUUACGUCCCAAGCUGGGGUAAUCAAGAUGAUUACCAGCUGGUUCGAAAACUUGGUCGGGGAAAGUAUAGUGAAGUAUUUGAGGCCAUUAACAUCACUAACAAUGAGAGAGUGGUUGUAAAAAUUCUCAAGCCAGUGAAGAAAAAGAAGAUAAAACGAGAGGUUAAGAUUCUGGAGAACCUUCGUGGUGGAACAAAUAUCAUUAAGCUGAUUGACACUGUGAAGGACCCUGUGUCAAAGACACCCGCUUUGGUAUUUGAAUAUAUCAAUAAUACAGAUUUUAAGCAACUUUACCAGAUCCUGACAGACUUUGAUAUCCGGUUUUAUAUGUAUGAACUACUUAAGGCUCUGGAUUACUGCCACAGCAAGGGAAUCAUGCACAGGGAUGUGAAACCUCACAAUGUCAUGAUAGAUCACCAACAGAAAAAGCUGCGACUGAUAGACUGGGGCCUGGCAGAGUUCUAUCAUCCUGCUCAGGAGUACAAUGUCCGUGUAGCCUCGAGGUACUUCAAGGGACCAGAGCUCCUUGUGGACUAUCAGAUGUAUGAUUAUAGCUUGGACAUGUGGAGUUUGGGCUGUAUGUUAGCAAGCAUGAUCUUUAGAAAGGAACCCUUCUUCCAUGGACAGGACAACUAUGACCAGCUUGUUCGCAUUGCCAAGGUUCUGGGUACAGAUGAGCUGUAUGGGUAUCUGAAGAAGUAUCACAUAGACCUGGACCCGCACUUCAAUGAUAUCCUGGGACAACAUUCACGGAAACGCUGGGAAAACUUUAUCCAUAGUGAGAACAGACACCUAGUCAGCCCUGAGGCCCUAGAUCUUCUGGACAAACUUCUGCGAUAUGACCAUCAACAGCGACUGACUGCCAAAGAGGCCAUGGAGCACCCGUACUUCUACCCUGUGGUGAAGGAGCAGUCCCAGCCUUGUGCAGAAAAUGCUGUGCUUUCCAGUGGUCUCACGGCAGCCCGAUGAAGACUGGAAAGCGACGGGUCUGUUGCGGUUCCUCCCACUUUUCCAUAAGCAGAACAAGAACCAAAUCAAACGUCUUAACGUGUGUAGAGAGAUCACGUUCCGUGAGCAGACAAAAUGGUGGCAGGUUUGGCGAGCACGAACUAGACCAACUGAAGGGCAGCCACCACCGUAUACCAAACCUCACUUCUGAAUGUAAAAGGUUCUCACGCCUUUGGCUUCCUGUUGACUUCCUCCCGACCCAGAAAGCAUGGGAAAUGUGAAGGGUAUGCAAAAUGGUUGUUGGUUACCCUUGCUCCCCCGUGCCCCUCGACUCACCCUGUGGCCGCCUGUUUUCCCAGCAGAGCACACUAACUAGCCAACCACAGACUCCCCAGUUGGGGAAUGGGGGCAAUAUACGGCAUGAUGGGCAGUUACAUAUUAUAAUUUUAAAGGUAUAUAUUAUUGAAUAAAAGGUUUUAAAAGAAAUGUAUGGAGUUUUCCAUAUGAAGGGGCCAUUAACAGAGAUCCAUGGCCACAAAGGGAGGAAAUAGAAUUAACUUCUUGCAGAGUUAAAUAGAGCAUUCGUACCAGAUUCUACCAGAGGAAAAUGGGAAGUCCCAGGUAAGGAGGGUUUUUAAGGAUGCUCUUUGCAGAGAGAGCAGUUGAGAAGGAAUGCUGAACUAAUCCUGGGAGGAGGGCAAACCGCAGAGGGCCCAAGUACACACAGCCAGGGAAGCUGGGCUUUGCCUCGAACACCUUCGACCUCCCUUGACCCCUCCUCCAGAAGCAGGUGAGUUGCCCAGUGAUUUAAGGGGUAGGUAAAUGUCACUGUAGUAGACUGGAUGAUUCCAUAGCCCCUUCUUCACUUUCCCUUUGCUUGUGUCUCCCAUCAUUCAUUCCGCCCCCAAUCCUGGCCCUCUCCCCCAUGGCCCCUUCUGAAAAAACUUUCUUCGGAGAAUGGUUGAGCCUGCUGUCCUGAGGCAGGGAAGCAGUUAGGGGUCUCGGGUCCAGGUCUGAGGGAUGCUUCUGCUGGCAUUCUGAAGCUCCUGUGAACUGGAAGGAAAAGUGGACCACCCAAAUGUGAAAGAGGGUGGAAUGAAAGCACUGGUUAUAUUUCAGUGAAAAAAGCUAGAUCUGUGACAACUGAGCCUUCCCUGGUUGCCUCCGUCCUCCACAUCCCCCAAGCCACCAGGAGGUGAAAGCAACAGUGACCUGGUGGCCACCCAGCCUUGUCUCUAGCUGGCAUCCACCCGCUGCCUGCAGACAGCAAAAGCAACGGGCAGACUCCGAUGUCCAGACAGCUGGAUGGGGUGCCCACUCAUGCUCCACAAAAGCCACUUGGUCUGUACAACAUUCCUUCUCCCGUCUUCUCUACUGCUUGUCCUGAAAAGAUGACUAUGGUAACCCAGGUGUGGACACUCAAGAGGUUUUGAAGCAAUUUGGGGAGGAAAGCAAAGGCCCCUCAGGGUCACCACGACAUCACAGUGUCCCUUGGACCAGCUUCUGUCGUAUCCAAGCAGUUCUGCAGGUGUGGGAGCUCAAGACUGCAUGCCCGCGGACACCAGCGAGUGAGGGCCUGAAGGCCCACCGCCAGCCAACAAGAUGACAAGAUUUCCUCAUGACCCUGUUUGACUCAAGGUUCUGCACAUUUCUGUUGGCCUCCCAGAGCUCUGGGACAGCAUCUCAACACCUCAUUAGAGUGAGCACGCCCCAGAAACUCCUGUGGGCAUGGUGCUUCAUGUGCGUGUGUGUUAUCUCUAUAGCAUGUUAUCCCUGUUGAUCUGCCAGCGUUCGGGGGUCUUCCCUGAGGAGAAGGGUCAGGUACACAGCCAAUUGGCAUGGGAAUCCUUAGAUGCCAUUUAGAACUUGAACACGAACUAAGUUUCAAUUUCCUUCUCAACCAAGGCACUAACUUUUGGGUAGGAGAGUCUUGUUUUCCAGAAACCUCUCAGGUGAUCUUGUUUCUUUGUGGAUGACUAUUGUUGAGUGGGAGAGUGUUUGGUAGUAGAAAGGAGGAGAAGGUGGAGUUUCUGUAUUUUUUUGACCUUGAGAAAAGGGAAUGGGAACCUGCUAACCCAAGAACAGUCAAAGCUCAUCCACAAUAUGCUUGGAAAUCCACAUCAGUUCACAUCUUUCAGUUGUCUGCUUUGUAUUUGAGUUGUUUAAAGUAAUAUAUAUUGAAUUUUCUUGGUUACCAAAGUAAUAUAUAUUCAUGGUAAAAAUUUUGAAAUGCUAUACAAAAGUAAAUAAUUAAAGCUUCUCCCCUAACCACACACACAUAGAAAAACUUCCCUGCCCUGGAAGUAACCAUGGUUAAAUUUGGUGUAUAUCUUCUAAUUUUUAUCCUAUGCAUUUACUAAUAUUUUUUAAAUACACUGAUUUUUGUUUUUACAGAAUUGUAAUCAAACUAUACAUUCUUUUUCUGCAACUUGUGCUUUCACUUAGUUGUGAAAAUUUACUGUUAGCAUCUACCUCACCCAUUUGUGGCUGCAUAGUAUUCCAUUGUGUGAUGUAUCACAAUUGAAGCAAUUCUUUACUGAUAGACUCUUACCAGUACUAUACCAGUAUUGCUGCAAUUAACAAAUUUGCACAUAUAUUUUUACACAGUAUGGAUGUUUGUGAGAUAAAAUCUUAAAAAAGAA